AUGGCUGGUUCAAUUAUUGCUUCUGUGGCCCCGUUCCACAUCAUAUCCUACGGCACCGUCCUGGGAACAACUUUCUUUCACACCUUUGUCACGACUGUCAUUAUGAUCCGCUCGGUCGAUAUUCAAACCUUCUCAACUGUCCUGAUUAAGCUCUGGCCCUACUACUUUGGCGUGCAAGCCGCUGGCACUGCUGCCCUUGCUCUGACAUAUCCCGGAAACUCGCUCACCCAAAGCGGCAUUAGCGGCCUUCUUGCGCCUUCGCUCCGGUGGGGUACCUUGGUGCCCAUUGCGGCCACCUUUGUCAGCAGCAUCGUCAACCUCUUUGUGGCCUUCCCUGCUACUCUCCAGGUCGAGAAGGACCGCUGUGGACAAGCCAAGCGAGACGGAAAGGAGUGGUUCGAGAAGGAGGGUGCCUCGGCUGAAAUGCAGGCCCUGAACCGCAAGUUUGAUAUGCUGCACGGUGUCACUGCGACCCUCAACCUGACCAGCUUCUUCGCUACUUUGGCCUAUGGCUUCACCCUGGCUGGUCGCCUCCAGUAAAAAAGCAAUGGUAUCAUGCCACUGCAGAUGUCGUCGAAUAUCUAUCACUAUUGCUAUGAUUGCUCAUUGGAGUAGACCUGAGCCACUCUCGCACCCAACUCCACUCAAGUACAGUAGAAAAAGGAUUGUCGCUAGUUUUGCAAUACAAAUCAACGCCCCAGGGUGCACAUUCAUAAGAAUUCAAUUUGAUAAACCCAAAAAAUAUCUCUAGCCUGCUGAUGAUCUAUCCCGCAGUAGCCUGUCGGAAACUCUCUAUGGGUAUAAUAUCCCGCCAACCGUUGCGCC